GGUGUAUUGCCAUUUAAAAAAAAACUAGUUGGGGCUUAUUGGCUUCUAAAGACCAGUUUUUUCCCAUUGGAACCCAUGGGAAGGUGUGUUUCUUCCCCUCCCCCGUUUCCUGUCUAUUGUUCUCAAGCAGGGAGUUGUCCCAAGGACACUGCCUGACCAGUGGGAACUGGUUUGGGCAGGAAAAGCCAUGCUUUCUUGGGUCGCAAAGGACUUCUAACUAACUUUUGAACUAAUGGAAGGAUUUGCAUGAUUUUUGGGUAUGUUUGUGUUUGGGAUGUGCUGAUUAAUAAUAUGUGACUUUUUUUUUAUUUAUUAAUAUUGGAUGUAUGAUUUUAGAGUUAUGAAAGUUGGGUAAAAAGUGUGUUUUAAAAUGUAUUGAUAAUUGGGUUACCUCUCAGGCUAAGGGGAGGAGAUGUGUUGGAUGUAACCAUUGUGUGAUUGGUUGUACUGUGUCCCACCCUGUGGGAUGUCCCCUUGCAUGGGGACCUGCAUAAAAGAAGGUUCUUUGUGUGCCAAUAAACAGAUCAUCUUGUACCUUCAUGAAGUUUCGGCUCAUGUUUGGGGCAUUGGAGAAACUACACUCAGGGGAUUGCUAUUAUCACUAUACUCCCCAGGCUAUAAUCACUAAGCUCUGCUAAGAGCUUGUUCCUGUUCCUGCCCUCUGGAAUUAGGAGAGAGGUCGACCUGCUGGAAGCUGGACCCUGGUCCUGGGUCCAGAGUGGGUGGAGACGGCGAGAUCCCAACCAAGCUGCGGCGGUUCGUGGGGUCUGCAGUGGUUAUGGUGUCAGGCAGAGUGCUUGGCGUCCUAGGAGCAUCCGUCGGCGGAAGGUACCCGGUCGGGGUGCCAGCGGUUCCGUCACAGUGACUAUGGUCCCAGCUUCCUUGAGAUCAUUAACAAGAUCCGACCGUUCUCAUGGUCAUUGAAACUCCACGAAGUGAGAUCUUGCAUGGAGCACCAGACCAAGGGAGACCGACCGUUAUUUUGUGUUUCUUCCAUUUGCGAAUAAUCGCACCAGCUGUUGUCAACUUCUCACCCAGCUGCUUGGCGAUGGUCUUGUAGCCCAUUCCAGCCUUGUGUAGGUCUACAACCUUGUCUCUGACAUCCUUGGACAGCUUUAUGGUCUUGGCCAUGGUGGAGAGUUUUGAAUCUGAUUGAUUGCUUUUGUGGACAGGUGUCUUUUAUACAGGUACCAAGAUGAGAUUAGGAGCACUCCCUUUAAGAGAGUACUCCUAAUCUCAGCUUGUUACCUGUAUAAAAGACAUCUAGGAGCCAGGAAUCUUGCUGAUAGGGAAUCAUAUACCUAUUUCCCUCAUUGACAUGUAAAUCAAUGUAUUACUUUUUUGACAUGCAUUUUUUCUCAAAAAAAAAUGUUUAUUUAUUGAUUUUUUUUUUUGGGUCAUUCUGUCUCUGAUUUAAAAUACACCUACCAUUAAAAUUAUAGGCUCAUCAUUUCUUUGUCAAUAAACAAACGUUCAAAUUCAGCAGGGGAUCAAAUACUUUUUUCCCUCACGGUGUGUGUGUGUGUAUAUUUAUAAAUAUAUAAUUAAUGGGCUUAUAUCUGUUUAUAAAAAUGCCUAAUACAAGGAGGUAUAACUAACUUAGAGUUGUAUAGUGAAGACAGAGAUGUUCUGUUCUUACAGUGUGUACUUUAUCUUGAAUAAAAGGCCACUAGAAUGUAAGAGAUCAUGUUUAGUUUCUACCUUAGGAUCCCAAGCUUUUUAGGUGGCAAAAUGUAGAACUACUUUACCAAGCUGUAGAACUAAUGGAUCUUUUCUACUUGCUUGUCCCUUCAUAUUUCUAUAUAUUUUUUUUUUCCUGCUAUGUCAUAUCUGUUUACCUUAUGUGUUCUCAUCUCUACAACUAACUCAUUAUGCCCUAAAACCCAACGUGUUGCUUUCAUAAACUCCUCUUUUUAUGUUUUCCAUGUUUAUAUUUUUUCUGUGGUUCAUGCUUAUUUCUGUUCAUCAUAUACUUCUGGUUGCCAUCUAUCCUACAUUUUUGUGAUUGUGUCUUCAAUCACUGGCUAUACCUUCAUUAACAUGAUUUUUUUUUUAUUUUUUAUAAAUCUACACCUUCCAUCACGUGUUCUGUCUUGUGGUAUUUCACGCUCAUAAUGUACUUGCUUUUGUCUGUUAAAUUCUGCUUGGCUGGCUGCCUCACAUUCCUCCUAAAACGUUGCAUCCGCCUUUCUCUGACCACUGGCCACUCACUUCAGGAUUCUACGGACUUGAAGAAUCUGACUUGGACAAAGUGUUCCGCCUACCAACCACCACAUUCAUUGGAGGAAAUGAAACUGCUCUUCCCCUUCGAGAGAUCAUCAGAAGGCUUGAGGUAAGAAUUGAUACAAAAAAACAAAGGCUACACACUCCUAGACAUGCGUGCUGGUGACCAGUAGAUACAACAAACUAAUUUCAGGGCACUCCACUUCAAGCUAAUGUUCAGGCCUACAAAGUGUUAACUAAAUCUCCAUUAUUAUCUUAUUUUUUAACGAUCUGAUCAUACAUUGCAUUAGUAUGCCAACAGUGCUAUAAGCAUAAAAAGAAUAAACGUGGCGCAAGCACAAUGUUAAAGUGCAAGUAUCUACACCAAAAUCAGUGUCAAAUAAAAUCACAUGCAGAAACCUAUAUAGAGGUCUGAUAUAAAAAUUCCUCAACAAUAACAAAUCCAUAUUAUGGCUGCGCAACCAAAUUUUAAAAUACUGUGCCACCGUGGAUUGUAGAAUAUAUGUACAAGCGUAUAAUAUGCAAUGUCAAUCUGCAGUUGCGAAGGUCAGUAAGGUUUUGUCAUGUAUAAAUAGGGGCAUAAAUUCUGAGGAUGAAAAUAUAAUUUUGCGUCUGUAUAAAUCGCUGAUAAGACCACACCUUGAAUAUGCUGUGCAAUUUUGGGCACCCGUUGUAAAGGAGGCUAUUAUGGCACUAGAAAAAGUGCAGAGACGAGCUACAAAAUUGAUAAAAGGUAUGAAGCAUUUUAGUUACAAAGAAAGGUUAAAAAAUGUAAAUCUCUUUAAUCUGGAAAAACGGCACCUCAGAAUGGAAAUUAUAACAUUAUACAAAUAUAUUUGGGGCCAGUACAAACCAUUAUCUGGAAAUCUAUUCAUAAACAGGGCUAUACAUAGGACACUAGGUCACACAUUUAGGCUGGAAGAAAGGCGAUUUCAUCUAAGGCAAAGAAAAGUGUUUUUUUUUGUGUGUUUUUUUUAACAGUAAGAGCAAUAAGGAUAUGGAAUUCUCUGCCUGAAGAGGUGGUUUUAUCAGAGUCCAUAGAGACGUUUAAACUGCAAUUGGAUAAAUACUUCCAGAAACAUCACAUACAGGGAUAUAAUUUCUAAUUAGUUGCUUGAUCCAAUGAGACAUCUGACUGCUAUUUUGUGGUCAAGAAGGAAUUUUUUCUUAGUUUGUUGCAAAAUUGAAAGCGCUUCAGACUAGGUAUUUUUUUUUUUUUUGCCUUCUUUUAGAUCAACAGCAAAAACAUAUGUGAGGAAGGCUGAACUUAAUGGACGCAAGUCUCUUUUCAGCUAUGUAACUAUGUAAUAAAAACAUGAAUAUUACAAGUAACACUGUGAAGCAGUGAAUCAAAACCAUAUAGAGUAUACUUGCACAAACUUUGCAAUGUUCUUCUUGAUCUAGAACAAGCAUGUCAAACUCAAAGGCUAGCAAGGGCCAAAAAAACAAAUUUUGAAAAGUACAGUAUAAAAAAAAACAGCAACCCCCUCUACUAAAUACCCUGUACUAUAUCUACUAAAUCCCAGCCCGCCUUUGUCCACUAAAUCUGUCAUCUCUCCCUCCCCCCCCCACCCCCCCGUCUACUAAAUUACUAAAUCUUAGUCUCUCCAUGUCUACUAAACCCCAGCCCCCACAUCAGACACACAGGCUCAGUCACAGACACACACUGACAUACACACCCUCAAUCACACAUACACACAAUUAUUCAGACACACACACACACAGACAGCCAUGGACACAGACACCCAUGCACAAACACACAUUCUGUUUAAUUUUUAUUUAAAUCCACCUAGCCCCUCUACCUUUGGGAGAGCUGGGUGGAUUUCAUACCUGGGGUCUAGUGGGGCUGCUGGGCGGGCAGGCGGCGAGGGUGCACUCAGCGCUCUCUCGCCACGGGCCGCAAACAUAUCAGUUGUGGGCCGCAUGCAGCCUGCGUUUUUGACAUGCAUGAUUUAGAACAUCUAAAACCAAAAGAGACCUAGUACAGCAAUGUAAUAAGAAAUAGGGGUAUGAAUAGAGUUUAGCCAAAAACGAACUCACAAACGUGGAGUGGUUGAAGUACCACUCCAAACUAUAUAAGGCAUAGGGAGGAUAAAGCCCUUGUGUACGUUGGAUCCACAUAGUAGACUCACCACCAGCUGAACAAAAGAUCCAAUGCUUUAUUAGUGGAUAAAAACAAUAAAAUAACUAUUAAGUCUGACUCACAGUGUUAUAGUAGACAAAGUCUAUGGUUCGUUGGGAUGCAGUCAGUGUGCUCUCUCUUCCCUGCAAACAAUCAACUGAUCUCCGACUUCACUGAACUGUGUCCAUAUGUCCACUUUAGUGUUCAACGUGCUACGCGUUUUGCCCCGCCUCUCUGGGCUUUCUCAAACAUGUAGUGAGUCAUCCCACUCGGCUCCUCUUUAUACCCCAACGAAAGUCUCAAGUUCCACCUCUUAUCGAUUAAUGUUCUUGUGGAGUUAUCCUGCAAUAUCAUAUUACUUCUUUAUAUUCAUAAAAAUAGAUGCUAAACAAAUAGUCAUAGUAUAAAAAGAAACAGAAAAUAAAAUACAUGUAAUGGAUAUCUUAAAAACCGUUCUAAAAGAAAACACAGUUCAGAAAUUUCACUUUCAAAUCACAACCAUAUACAAGCAGGAAAAGUAUGUACCUACUAAUACAUCAUAGCAUACAACCCCCUAUUGACCUUUUAAACUAAAAAAAUGGGAAAACAAUUGGAAAAUAGUUAAAAUAUCUAAAUCUGUCCGUAGGGGCAGAUCGCUUAAAUCACUCCAUAAUCUGUAGGAUACAAAAGAUUAUUCUUGAAGCAUUUUGAGAUUCUAUAGUGAUCCGAAAGCCAUAAUAAAAAUAUGGUAUAGUCCUUCCAACAUAGAGGAGAGAUAUAAUCAGUAAUAGAAGAUAAGUAAAAAUGUUAAAAAUGAUUUAAAAAAAAAAAUUAAACAAGUAAAAAUCUAUAUUUGGACCUGAUGGGGUCCAAAGUGUCUAAAAGACCCAUUUCAUUUCUUCCUGACCUAUAAUUUUUUUUUUUUUUAAAUAAAAUCCCCUCCUCUCCAGUCUAUGGAGAUGCUAAUCUACGGCAUUUAUGGCAGGUUCUACUCCAUGUCAACCAAAUGACUGACUAAUCACAUGUUUCCACUUUUCGGGGGCAUAAUCCUGUUAAUGUUCUUUGCAGUGCAAGGCUUAAAUAGGGCCUGCAACCACUACCCGUGACUUGGUGGGUUGCCAAACAAGGAGUGUUAGGUCAAUACUCCCACUAAACUCAUGUGAUCUUUGAAGUGGAGCAUAUUCAUUUUAAUUUUAUAAUAUAAUUACAUAAUUUGUAUUUAUAAAAUAAAUACCAAUAUCUCAUUGCCUUUGUGCCCCUCCCAGUAUGAGUUAACUCUUUGUCCAUUGACUUUUCUCUCUACAGACUGCAUAUUGCCAGCACAUUGGUGUUGAAUUCAUGUUUAUUAAUGACCUGGAGCAGUGCCAGUGGAUUAGAGAGAAGUUUGAAACCCCAGGAAUCAUGCAAUUCACCAAUGAGGAAAAACGUACCUUGCUCGCUAGGCUCGUCCGGUCUACCAGGUAUUCUUCCAGCUUUUCUAUGAUAGGUCAGGUAGGGACAUUUAAGUGACUUCACUUGAGACGUGUGAAGAAUACUAUUAGACCAUAAAAUGUAAAUCUAAUUCUUUGUUUCCCAUUGAAAUAACAGUGCAUUGCUUUGUAAUGAUGUGGUAAAUAGGGUUACUAAAUACACCAGUCAGAUACUCUGAAAUACCAAUGCGUUGGCUUAAAUAAAGUGUGCAGGUCCAGAAGUAUUACUAACCCCAUUCACCCAAGGUAUUACAGAACAGUACAUCAUUUGUACUUAUGGAACCGAAACACAUCAUGUACAGGUACGGCAUGUGCUGUGACCCAAACUGUAACUUAAAUAAUGAAAAUACUGAUUAUAUUAAACACUUAAUUCUGGGACUGUUGUUCACAAGGGGAAAAGGCAUUCAUCACCGUAAGUGUUAUCUGCUAUAAAUUAUCUUUUUCACAUUUUUGUGAAACUACCAAUUAGGGACAACUAUUUGGGAGUGUAAACAUUAUUAGAUAUUGGCAUAUUAAAUAAAGGAGUGCGCAGUUAGCGAAGACAAAAUGCUGAUAUCUGAUGUCUUGUAACAUGGUUCCUCACAGUUAGGUCACUUUAUGGUUUGACUCUCUGUGAGUUGAUGGUUUUUCUCAAAUGACAUGUUCCUUCCUAUACAGGUUUGAAGAGUUUCUCCAUCGUAAAUGGUCUUCUGAGAAACGUUUUGGACUGGAAGGUUGUGAGGUUUUAAUUCCAGCCCUAAAGACCAUUAUUGAUGAAUCCAGCAAGAAUGGAGUAGAGUAUGUCAUCAUGGGGAUGCCCCACAGGUAACUAGUGUGAUCGGUCAUUAAAAACUCCUAGCCCCAUAAUGCCUUGAAUAUUGUGCAAGCAAACUCUGCAGCAAACCAAAUUAAUGUGUGCAAGCAAACCUCGUGUACUGCGACCUUUUCACUAUUCUCUAAACCUCCAGAGUAAUAUACUGUCUUGUCUAGAUUGAACAAACAUUCAACAUUUACACACUCAGGUCCCCAAUACUGCACAGUACUAAGCAAAUAAAUAUAGUGCCUACUUAUUUGUCUUUAAUGUUUAACCAAUCUGUAUCAUAGAGGCCGUCUGAAUGUCUUGGCAAAUGUCAUCAGGAAGGAGCUAGAACAGAUUUUCUGUCAGUUUGAUUCCAAGCUUGAAGCUGCAGAUGAGGUGAGUCUGUUACAUGUAGAUUUCAACCUAAAUCAAUUAUUUCAUUGUUCAUAGAUUGCCUGCUUUUUCUUGAACUAUGAAAUAUUGAGUCAGUCAGUUCUACUGUCAUCCAGUAUAGUAGUAUUUAAAAUGCUGUGAUAGGAAGUCAGUCAUGUUUUUCUGUGAUUCCUUUUUGCAGGGUUCUGGCGAUGUUAAAUACCAUCUUGGAAUGUACCACAGACGGAUAAACAGAGUGACAGACAGAAAUAUAACACUGUCUUUGGUGGCCAACCCAUCCCACCUCGAGGCUGCUGAUCCAGUGGUUCAAGGAAAGACAAAAGCUGAACAGUUUUACUGUGGAGACACAGAAGGCAAAAAGGUGAGGAUGGAAAACAAAACAAUUAGUUAUAUUAAAUGAUGUAUGGAAUUGUUAAUAACGUGCUGCUUGUUGGUUGGCUCUUAGGUGAUGUCCAUCCUCCUGCAUGGAGAUGCUGCUUUUGCAGGACAAGGCAUUGUAUAUGAGACCUUUCACCUGAGUGACCUGCCGUCUCACACUACACAUGGGACUGUGCAUGUGGUGGUCAAUAACCAGGUACCAGACUGUAGAUCAAAACUUAAACAAGAUUACACUUUGCUCUGCAGUAUUCUUUUUGCAGGCAAUAUUAUAUUCUGCUUCUCAACUUUGAAAAAACUUGACAUGGUUGAACAAUUCGGCCAGCUACUAAUGUCACUUAAACUUGCCUGGCUCUCUCAUCAAAUGGAAGCAUUGAACACACAAAGAUGUUGAAAAUCAAAGGUCUCCAGGAGUAACUGCCUGUAGUGAUUGUUAGGGUGACAACUACUGGAGGUGUGGUUUAGGGGAAUAAUUAAGUCACCAGAAAACCUUAUGGUAAAAGACCUUCAAAGAUAAAGAGAUGGUCCUCGUCUAAGCUUUUUUUAAUUUGAACAAAAAUGGUCUUUUGACUGAAGUGGACAUUAAAGUUUUAUCACAGCCUCGUUAAAGGGACACUCCUGAAGUGGUCUGGGUGCUAACUCCCAUCACCCUUAACCCUGCAAGUGUAAUUAUUGCAGUUUUUUUUUAAACUGCAAUAAUUUCCUUGCAGGGUAAGACAGCCACUAGAGGGACUUCCAGAUUCUUAAAACACGAAAAGUGUUUAAAAUGAUGAUUGACGUCCUCACACUAUGCAUGAGGACCUCCAGCGUCGCCGGAAUUCCCAUAGCAAAGCAUGCGCAUUAGGUCUCCCCUGCCAGCGACAGUGGAGGAGCAUGUGUGGAGCCUGACCCAGUGGUAAGGGACAUCAGCGCUGGAUUCAGGUAAGUCACUGAAGGGGUUUUAAUCUCCACUGAAGGAGUGGGAGGGAGGGGGGCACUAUAGGAUUCUGCAGUGCCAGGAAAACGGUUUGUUUUCCUGGCACUGGAGAGUCCCGUUAAGUAUGUUGUAAUAUUUAGUUUUAUGUCUUUCCAAUUUUCAUUUUUACAUUUAUUAAACUUUGAAGGUGCUUGAGCUGUAGUGCAUUAAAUAAUCCAGACACACAUUUUUAGAACGCUGCAAUAUUUGAACCUGUCAUAUAUCAUAAAACAAUAUUAAUAUUUCCAUGUGUGUGGCCGUUAAUUAGCAUAUGCUCCUGACUCUGAACUGUAAUGAACUUCAUACUAGGGAUAGAUAGAUUAUUGGAGCCCAUAUUCAGAAUAUUACCGAUAAUCGGUAUUGGUCUUGUAAUUUACCAAUGGCAUACUCACAGCCUCGCAUCACAUGGUCUUCCAUAUCUGGAAACUCCAGCUGCCAGCCAAUGAGGUGCCACAUCGUAACCUCACCACCAGACACCGUACUGUAAUGUAGGGGGCUGGCUGGCUGAGAGUGAUAAGAAUGUAAUUACUGUCAGCAUGUUCAGUUAAUGCCAGAUUUGUGUAGGAAUUAUGUGGCGUUUUCAAAAUUUCAAAUGUACAGAAUAUUGGCACUAGUUAUUGUUAAUUGGUCAAUCCAUGUUUCUCAAAUUGUGUAUUCCCGUUUAAGAUUGGCUUCACCACUGACCCUCGAAUGGCACGAUCUUCUCCUUACCCCACGGAUGUGGCCAGAGUAGUGAAUGCCCCCAUCUUCCAUGUCAAUGCAGAUGACCCUGAAGCUGUUGUGUAUGUUUGUAAUGUUGCUGCUGAAUGGAGGAACACCUUCCACAAGGAUGUUGUGGUGGACUUGGUAUGUGGUAUCCCUAACAAUCACCCUCUUUAAUUACUGAUUAAAAUAUACCUCAUCACUAGUGCAUUUAUUUGUAAAGCUAUAAUACAAGAAGUACUGUCGAAACCUUGCUUUCAUUUGUAGCACUGUAACCAAUGACUGUUCUUGUUCUAAAUGUGUAAAGAUAUUGUUACGUCAGGCUGUGCUGUAUUUGGAAGGCAAUGCAUUUUGUUGUAGUUGUAUACAAUAUGUGCUGUUUUGCCAAGAAUGACUGGCUUUCUGUGAUAGCUGUAGUGCAUAGAACUAGCAUUUUGCCUAACACCUAUUAUGCCCUCUCUAGGUUUGUUACCGCCGGAAUGGUCACAAUGAAAUGGAUGAGCCCAUGUUUACGCAACCUUUGAUGUACAAACAAAUACGCAAACAAAAGACCGUGCUACAGAAGUAUGCAGAGACCCUCAUAUCGCAGGGGGUGGUUAACCAGCUGGAAUAUGAGGUAUGAGGAAGGGAACAAAAGACGUUUAAAGCGAAAUGUAAGCAAUAUAACUACUGUAUCCGUUUAGGUUUAUAGUGCUAAUAGGCUCUAGGCGUAAUGCAACAAAAUAACAACCAAAACUGACAGAUGGCUAGUGCGGGAAUUCCAUCUGCAAUAACAAUAUCCAUUUUACUCCUAUUUGGAUGUCAUUAUUUGGCGGUCUAUACCAUCCCAAUAUGGGCAUACUUAAAAUCCAUUAUUUAAGUAUUCCGUUUAAAGAAGCAGUCCAAGUGGUUAGAAGUAACAUAUUCCCUUUAGGUAAAAAAAUUUUGACUCUGCAAAUAUAAAUUCAUCCCAGGUGGGUGUACCAUGGACUCUCCAUGCUCGCAGAAGCUAGUAACUUUUUUAAAGCCAGGCAUGUAGCACAGGACUUGAAAUAUUAAGCAUUGUUUACGUAUAUCAUGGGUGGUGAGGAAACUAAAAAGGAAUCAGGAGAUCAGAUUAGGAGAGUAAUUCUGAUGUGUGUGAUUUACCCACAGGAGGAAAUUGCAAAGUAUGACAAGAUCUGUGAAGAAGCACUGACUCGCUCCAAAGAUGAAAAGAUCCUUCAUAUUAAGCAUUGGUUGGACUCCCCCUGGCCUGGUAUGUUUUCUGAUGCAGGUGUAUGUUGGGUAAUAUUGAUCUAAUUGAGUUCAGAUAGAAAAUCUGUUGACUGGACAACUUAUUGGUGAAUGUAUUGAAUUUGGUGCAGAUUCCUUGUUUUUUUUCUCCACAGUUGCCAGUUUAGUUGUUAAACACUACUGCAAUGAAAACAUUGACACUUUACAGAUUUUAGGACUGUGAGAGAUCAGACUUGCAUGACACAGAAAUAACUGAGAACUUAUGACUGUUCAUUGCUUUGCAAAGGUCGUGACAAACCUCUUUAGUACAAAAUAAAAAAAGAUUUGAGGCUAUAUUUAUCAAGAGAAAAUCUGAGCAAUUCUGGGAUAAAAUGCUGAAUCUGGAGAAAUUCCACUGGUUUCCCAGCUUUCUAGAUGGUGAAUGCCCCCGUUAUCAAUUCAGGUGAACACAGGGAAAUAUAUUCUAUUGUGCAGAUCUAUUUGUGGGCUCUUGGUGUGUUUUUUUUUUUGUUUUUUUUUUUUUCUCUAAGCUAGGUCUGUUCAUGGCAUUUUACUAUUCUUGUAGGGAAUGCACAGUAUUUUUGCUAAUCGACUUGUGGGCUCAACGAGUCUGAGCGUGAAUGCUGAGCCUUGAACAAAACUUGUCCACAUGCCACCCUUAUUUCCAUUUUAACAAAACUCAAAAGAUUUGACAGAAAAAAAACAAACACAAGUCUGGACUAUAUGACCAAACUUCUCAAAUGAGCUUAAGUUGUGCUGGUGCCCAAGUGUCCCUUUAAUGUGUGUGCUCUGCUAUUAACAUUAGACAAAUAUACCUUCUUCCUAGCUGCUUCACUUGACUUCUGGAUUAACUUAAAGCCACAGCUAAUGAGCACUCUUUUGAACAGCACAUGGUUUCCUCCAAUUUAAAGAUAUUUUCAACAGUAGUAUUUAAUGUGUGUAGUACAGAGUGAUCCAAGUAUCCAUUAUCAUGUUUCCACACCUUGUAGGUUUCUUUACUCUGGAUGGUCAGCCACGCAGCAUGACCUGCCCAUCCACAGGGCUUUCUGAAGAGGAUCUGACCCAUAUCGGGGCCGUGGCCAGCUCUGUACCUGUAGAAGACUUUACUAUUCAUGGAGGUUUGACUAUCUUUUUUUGGUAUUCAUUUUAAAGGGGAACUGUAACUUUCUGGUAUUUACACCACUGAAUAAAGUAUUGAAAAUAGUGUAUAUUGUUCACACAUAUAUACAUGUUUUUUUUUUAUUAUUAUUAUUCCCAUUGGGAUGCACUUCAUGGUGUGGUGGUUUGUUUUUGCCUCCUCAUUAUUAUUUAUUUAUAUUAAAGAUUUAGCAAAUUACAUUAUCAUCCAGUUCAGAUGAGGCAAAGCCAGGACAAUGAUGGCAGAUGAGAAGGAAAGAUAGAAACACUUUAUCCUGUCUCUGUGCUGGCUGCCAGAUGUAAAGGACUCAGGUUAUAACAAUGACUGACAGGGAGCUAAGAUGGAAGCUCCCAGUUGCAGGAUAAAGAGGUGUGAAUUUCAACAUUUAAUUUUGUUUUUCACACCUCACAAAUAUAUAUUGCUAAAUAUAUGGAUAAGUGACAGUCCCUGUUUAGGUUUUUGCUAAAUGCUAUUAAUCUACUGUGUGUAAAUCUACUUUAUUUUCACUUGUUGUCAAGUUGGAGUACAGAAAUGAAACUUUCUAUUUCUAAAAUAUUUUGUACAUCUAUCCUGCUUAUUAAAUGGCUGAUGAGUAACAUCUCUCACCCUGCCCUCUCCCGUUUGGAUAAUAAUACCAUCUCUUCUCCCUACUUCCUGUUCCUCAGGUCUCAGCCGUGUCCUCAAAGCCCGUGGAGAGAUGGUGAAGAACAGAACUGUUGACUGGGCACUGGCUGAGUACAUGGCAUUUGGGUCUCUACUGAAAGAAGGAAUCCACAUCCGUCUCAGUGGCCAGGAUGUGGAGAGAGGAACUUUUAGGUACCAAAGUAACCCAAUGCCAGUUAGUGACCUAAAUAUCCAUUGACAAUGUCCACACUCUGCACUUGUUUAGCAUUAUACCCAUCUGAGGCAAAGACUUGCUGAAAAGCAUGUAUAAAUCAUUUUAGUUCCGAAUUUGUUGCCUAUUUUUUUUUUUUUUUUUUAAUACAUCAAAAAGUUGUGCUAACUAAAGGAAAACAAUUUGCCUCUAAAAUUUAUAGUGCAGUUACACUUUUACAUUGUCGGCUGCUGAAAUUCUUUUCUCUGGCCUGUAAGGUUUUGCAGGUCAUCACAAUUAUAAGCCACUCCUGGAAGGAAUGCAGGGUUGUCAAACAACUAUUUGGUAAAGUAUUGAGCAAUUCAAAAUUGUUACAUUGUUCUGAAGGCUGUCCUGAAAAACCAUAAUUAAUAUAGGGUUUCAAAAUGGACAGACUAUAGAUCAAAUCAGGUUUGGAAAUAAAAACAAAUAUUGUGCAGCAUUUUCAACUCUGAUUGCCAAAUUUUGUGUGACUAAAUAUGCUGUAUUUGCCAAUGGAAAGCCAAGUGUUAGGAUUGUUUAUAGUAUGUAUGAAGAAAAUGUUUUCAGGAAUUUCUCACAUGCUUAUCCCAUAUUUCCCCUUUUAGUCACCGUCACCAUGUGUUACACGAUCAGAAUGUGGACAAGAGGACAUGUAUCCCUAUGAAUCAUCUAUGGCCAAACCAGGCCCCUUACACGGUCUGCAACAGCUCUCUGUCAGAAUAUGGUGUACUUGGUAAGUGGUGGAGGUGGCAGGAAUAUGGUGUCUGUUUGGCUAGGCCAUAACUCGAGACUCUGAGGAAGGGGAUGUCUGCAUGAAGACAUGGGUUCAAUAUGUAACUCUCCUUCACAUAAGACUAUGUCCUUAUGGACAUAUAGAUGGCAGUUUUAUUUUUAUGUCAAACGGUUAGUCAAGUGAUGAUCUUUGUGGUUCUUGUUAACUUACAUUUUGUGUCUUGUUUUCUGUUACUAUACUGUUCCCUUUCUCUGUUCCAUUAUCUGAUCCAUUAUGUUAUACCCAGUCUGCCACAUGUGAUUACAUCCUCUUGUCUCUUCAUCUCUUCUUUUUCCCCAGGGUUUGAACUGGGCUUUGCUAUGGCUAGCCCUAAUGCCUUGGUUCUUUGGGAAGCCCAGUUUGGAGAUUUCCACAAUACAGCUCAGUGUAUCAUUGAUCAGUUCAUUUGCCCUGGACAGGCCAAGUGGGUGAGACAGAAUGGAAUUGUCCUGCUUUUACCCCAUGGCAUGGAAGGCAUGGUAAGUGUAGACUGUAUGUAGAAAUAUUAAAAAUGUAUUGAUGUUGGCAAGUCUCUGUCCAUCAAAAUAACUGUCACUUCAGUGGAAAUUACAGCAUUGAAUGAAAGAGUGAAAAUCACAUGUAAGCUAUGUCAUCCCAAUUUAAAGUCCGAAAAUUAAACCUCUGCAGCGUACUCUUCUCUUCUUUAAAAGUAAUUUGAAAAGGUAAACCCAAAGUCAGAUGAAUACUCUGAGCCUUUGAUGCUUUACCAGGUCCUCUUAUAACUGAAUUAUUUUUAACUACUUGAUCUCAAUGAGUUGAAACAAGCUAAUUGUCACUUACAUAAGAAACUUUAGCUACCUAGCGCUCCUAGCAUUUUCCAAAAAUGUGUUUAUUUGUGCAUUUGAAGGAAUUUGUGGCAUUAUGUAUUUCAAUUUAUACUCUACCUAUAUUUGUUUGAAACAAAUAAGUCUGCAAGCUUUUACAUUUUUUUGUUGUUAAUAAGAUAUAUAAGAUAUAAAUUUGAUCAUUAUAACUGUGUUAAGCUCUGCAGUGCUUUUUAUUUAGGUUAAAAUUGAAUUAUACAUGGAAAAGCUUAACACUUCUGUCUUUCUCAGGGUCCUGAACAUUCCUCUGCUAGACCUGAACGCUUUUUGCAGAUGUGCAAUGAUGACCCAGAUGUCUGGCCUGUAAGAUAUUUAUGCAUCUCAUUUAUCUGAUACACUUUGCAAUUCGUAACAUACGUUACAGUCCGGAAAGGGAUGGGGUGCGGGGUUGUUCCCCAUAAUAUUACUCUCGGAGUGCAACAAAAUCAUUGUGAAAGUUCAUUACAUAAAACAAGUUUUUUUUUGGGGGGUUUUUUUUUGUAUGCUUGUGUUAAACCCCAAUCAGUCCCAGAAACUUACUGUUCUAUAUUCCAAUGAAAUAGUGCAUAGGACAUCAUGCCAAGUCCAUGAUAAUUAUAUAAUUCUCUAUUGUUUUUUUGGGGGGUAGGCGGGUGAGUAUGUAUUACAUAUCAAGGGUUAACACAGAUCAGUAAGGUUGAUAUAAACCGUACUGUAGUAAUUUUUCAUCCAACAUGCAUUUCUUUCCAUCUCAGAAACCCUCAGAUGACUUUGCAGUGCGCCAGCUUUAUGACUGCAAUUGGAUUGUUGUGAACUGUUCCACUCCAGCUAACUUCUUCCAUGUUCUCCGCAGACAGAUCCUGCUGCCUUUCCGCAAACCGGUAUAACUGCUAAUCUUUCUUUUAGUAUCUCUACCAUUUUCUCAUUUCUUUCCUUCCCUCCCUUCAAAAUGAUGGGCUUUUUGCAAAGGUAGAGUGGAAAAUUAUCAUUUUGGAUAUUUCAAAUUGUCACUUGCUACCUUUUUGUUUUACCCCAUGUGACCUCCUUCAGAUUGUAGGUCCACGGCCAUCUAAGCUUUUUCGCAAAAGUCUGCAAUUCUAGUUUAUAAACUCAAUAGUAUAAUUCUCUAUUAACUUUGCACUGAUAUCAGUCUAGUUAUAUCUUACUCUAUUAAUAACGGACUUGUGAGUAGGCACUGGUCUUCGUUGGUCUCCAUGUGUAUGGAAGAUAUAUAAGAAAUUUUGUACGACGAUAUGAAGCCCCCUUUGGUGGGAGCCAAGUCAUGACUCUAAAAGAUGAAUACAUGCGUCUGUAUUUGUAAUCUUCUUAUCCUUUUUCUUCAUUUUGUAUUGUUUUUACACGUGAACUCCUAAUCAUAUCUUUUAUUUUAGUUGAUUGUCUUCACUCCAAAGUCCCUUUUGCGUCAUCCGGAAGCUAGAUCAAGUUUUGAUGACAUGUUGGCAGGUGAGAAAUAGCUAUGUACAGCAUCCUGGUUUAGAUGUGAAAGACUGUAUCUUGUGUCAAAUGCUCAAGAGAAAAAAAAUACACAUUUUGCCAAUUCCCUAAUAUAUAGAGCAGACUAUUAAAUUAACAAUUUCCAAACAAAGCAACUUCAACUUUCCAUGAAAAAAUAUGGUUUAUGCACUUCAAUGAUGAAACACAUAAAUUGGGUAGCAAAAUGUAAUAAAAAAACGUUCCCCAUAUAAUAUCCAACCGAGUUACUGGAGUGCCUCCUUCACUGUCAGUUGUUAGUGUUAUUUGAAAAUUUGUUAAGUAAUUUACAGGCUGAAAUGUCUUAUUGUAUGGGUCAAUGAUUUACUGGUUUUAUUUGGGGGGGAGGGGGGUUUCUUCACUAUGUUGAUGUUAUGAACCGCUCCCUAUGACUCAUGAUUGUAAAAAUGAAGUAGUGCUCCAUGCUUUGUUACGAAGUUGCAAAUGUAUGUUAGUUAUUUAUAUAUACAUAUUUUAUAUAUGUUUUUUUUUAUUAUUUAUAUAGCGCCAACAAAUUCCGUAGCGCUGUACAAUGGGUGGACUUACAGACACAUAAUUGAGAUCAGACCACUGGACGUACAGGAACAGAGGGGGUUGAGGGCCCUGCUCGAAGAGCUUACAUGCUAGAGGGAUAUAGGCUUAACAAGGUGGAUACGUGAUAGCGAGCACAGGAAACCCCCAUUUAAAUAUGGGGGAGCACAACUCUGAGCUCCAAUCCUUCCUACGUUACUAAGAAGAAGAAAAAAGUUUGUCGGUACUAGCAUACCUGCUGGAAACAUACAUUGAUGUGGGUGGUAUUGCUAACAAAGAUCAUGCAACUGUAUAGCAACAUGGCUCACACAUAGACACAUAGCCUUAAUUAAUUCCAGGGAAUGUUGCUGCUGGAGGUCACGGGGCCCUGAUGUUCCAAGGGGAAAUUGUGUUUCCACAUUGUGCUUCUUAACCCCAUGAUUUAAACCGGCAUAAAUUUUAUCUGAUGUUGCACACUCUGUUACUAUAUUGCCCAAAAUGGCAUAUGGGACAUUGCCAAAAAGGAGACACGUGCCCAAUAGCCACACUAAUGGAGAACGUCCACCUCUCCUACCCCCACAGUACGGCGGAACCGCACAAGAUCUCCACUGGAGACAACUUAUACAUCCUUUAUUUCAUUUUUAUCUAUUGUCCCCUGUUUAUCCCCUACUCUUCCUUUUUAGCCACCACAGAUUAAUCUGUUCGCAGUUAUUGGUCAUACACUACUGAGUAUACCCGAGAAUUCAUUUGCCAGGGCCAUCUUUAGGCUUGACUGUACCAUUUCAUGCUAAGACCUAAAAUCACGUGGGCGAGCACAGCCACGCAUCCUGGGGAAAUAUCACACCCAUGCUAUACCUUAUUGAAAUCACACAACAUCCUGCUACAUAAGCAAAUAUCCCUACAACAUAACAGAUUAUAAAAAAUACAAACUCAAAAUGUACGUGGCUUAAAUACGCCACAUAAAAGACGCAUUCUUCUGGAGGAGACUAAACGAAACAAAAUAGAUAUCCUGUGUUUACAAGAGAUGCAUUUUGUGCAUAAUAAAAUCCUUUUGUGUGCCACCUGAGAUCAUCCAACCAAAUAUCACUCAACUUAUUCCUCAAAAUCACGGGGAGCAUCCAUUCUUAUACACAGCUCACUAACAUUUGAACUGUUACAAAUAAAAAAAGACAUACUUAAUGCUGCAUUGUAGAGUCAAUGAUGUCACAUAUAUAAUAGUGAGUAUAUAAGUCCCCAAUGGUAUAUACGUCCCCAACGAUAACCAGAGGAACUUCCUACAUAAGAUGCUUUCUAAACCCCCCACAGCCAAUGCCAAUGAUCUUCUGCGGAGACCUUAAUUAUGUAUUGCACAUACACACAUGGACACAACAUUAACAUACACCUCACCCAGACACACAAGACUGGGUACACAGCGUAAAGCCCUUGAUAAACUACUGUCUGAAUAUGGCCUUUAGAUGCUUGGAGCACACAACACCCAAAGAAUAGGGAAUUUACAUUCUAUUCCUCAGUGCAUAAAACUUUUAAAGGAUAGAAUAUUUCUGGAAACUUACUUCCCAGCACACAACACUGCAGCAUGGGCGAUUGUGUGGUCAGACUAUGCUCCAGUAACGCUGACCAUAAAAAAGGAGUUCCAACACAGGUUCUAAACGACGCUUUACUACAUAAUUCGAUUUCAAAAAUAAACUUACAGAUGAAAUAUCCUCAUACUUCAGGCUCAAUGAAACACAAGAAACUUCACCAGCCCUGGUUUGGCAGGCACACAAAGCAGUGGUUAGCGGGCCCCUAAUAAGUAGGGCAUCUCAUUUAAAUCUCAUCUCUAAAAAUUAAAUUCGUGACCUUAGUACGCUCACUGCGUACUACACAACUGCUCACCUUCUACACCCAUCAGAUAUAACCCAACACAGGAUUGACAACACGAAAAUCAAACUAUACACAUUCAACACACUGCACUCGUGAUUCAGAAACUGAAAAUGAAAACAUACACGCAAGGAAAUAGGGCAGGGAAAGCAUUAGCAACGCUCAUGAGACACAACAAUAAUCUAAAAUACAGUUCCUAUUCAAUGGCAAGGGGAAUAAACAUUACAAUCCCCAAGACAUUGACACCAUGAUAGAGUAUUAUAAGUACCCUUUAUAAUCUCAAGGAUGAUGAGCAUACCCACCAACCCUCCCAAUCGGACAUAGAGGGCUUCCAAGCCAAACUCGCACUCCAUCCAGUAUCACCGACUCACAAACACCCGAUAAAGGCACAGAUUUCACAACAUGAAAUCCUAUAGGCUAUCCGUUCACUGCCAUCAGGGAUAUCACCGGGCCCGGAUGGGUUUACCAACCUUUACUAUAAAAACUUCCAACAAAUCUUAAUCCCAGGAUUAGAAAAGGUGUACAAUCGCAUUCUACAAACCGGCCUCAUGCCACAAGAAAUGAUGAUUGCGCACAUAGCAACACUACCCAAAUCUGUUAAGCUCCCCCCCACACACACAAGUGCCAAAACCUGCAACCAAUAUCCUUAUUAAACACGGAUAUCAAACUCAUAGCAAAAAUUUAUGCCACGAGACUAGGAACUAUUAUACCAACUCCUAUAAACAAAGAUCAGAUGGGGUGUUAAAGGCCGCCAGGAGUCAGACGGUAUGAGAAAACUGUUGAACCUUAUGCACAUGCUACAGAAAGCGGGAAGGCCCAGUGUACUGCUCUCUUUAGAUGCCGAGAAAGCCUUUGACAGGCUACACUGGGGCUUCCUCGCGCCAGUUUUAAGGAAGUUUGAAUUUCCAGAGAACAUUUUUAUCCUUAAUCUUGGCAUUGUAUGCAGACCCAACAGCACGAGUGGUCAGUGGGGGAUUUGCCGCACGCUCAUUCUCAAAUGCCACCAGACCGGGUUGUCCCCUGUCACCAAUACUGUACAUACUAACUCUAGAGCCUGUUACACAACUCAUAUGCACAACCAACACUAUACAAGGAGUAGAAGUGGGGGACAGGGAAUACAAGGUAAUAAUGGUCGCAGACGAUGUGAUGAUAUCACUAACUAGACCUGAAAACUCUCUACCGAAUCCGCAACACGUCUUACAACAAUACAGCCUAUGCUCUUACUAUAAACUAAAUGUAAAUAAAACACAGGCCAUAGGCCUACAUAUACCGAGGCAUACGCUUAAACAACUACAAGAUACAUACGCUUUCGACUGGAGGCAGGACCACCUCACCUUCUUAGGAAUAGCCUUCACUGCAUCUAGACAGAGCUUAUACUCAGCCAAUUACAUAAAACUACUCAAAUCUAGAUAACCUCUUUAGCUUGGAUACCCAAAAAGUUUAGACUAUUAUACAAGAAUACAUUCCACACAACAGAGAUCACAUUACAAGUGUGGGACAGCUACCAAAAAACACACCACCCAAAGGUCUAUGUAUCCUUAGCCAUGGCAUUGCAGGCGUUCGCGGCGUUUAUACCAGGCUUCGACCACAGGGUAUGGUACACACAUCAAAUCACAUGCCUCUCACAGCUUAUGCUAAACAGACAUAUAUUGGAUUUUUAACUCUCUUCAAUCUUCUUAUAAUCUCCUUACCAGGACAAUAUUCUCAUACAUGCAGGUGAGGUCUUGGCUCAAAAAACAUUAUACCCAAACGCCAUCGACUGUAAAUGGACAACAGCUGAUGGAGGUGGAAAAAAUCUGAAGUGAACAUCAGGACUAAAGAGAAAACCUAGCUUUGUGUUGGCUUGGGAGAGGGAACUUAAACAUAAUGUAGACAAGGCGGAGUGGCAGAAAAUGUACUUAGCCCAUAAACGGCUUACACUAUGUACCUCACAUAUUGAAUUAACUAGAAAAAUCCUGUACCGAUGGGGCAUGAUUCCAGUAAGGUUAAAACAUGCGGACCCCAUUAACUCAGGGAAAUGUUGGCGAUGUCAAAAGGAUCAAGGCACCAUGCUACACAUACGGUGGUCGUGUCCAGUCCUUUCGGACUACUAGUAAAACAUUUCUGAUUUAAUAAAGCACUUUUAUGGUAAAUAAAAUCUGCUUUUGGACAAACCCACACUCGCUCAUAAAUAUAUACUGCAAUAUCCAGGUAUAAUGCAAUAUGAAGUGGUCCAUGCUGUUGAUGAUGAUUCCAUCCCAGCAUGAUGUAUUCAACCCUCAUGUCUGGGUGUCAAAGAUCUUUUUAAAGUUUUGCUUAUUGGUCCUGAACCCCUGCAAAUCUACACGUUUCACCAGUUUUGGGUUUCACACAAUAUUCAUCUAUAAAUGUAGGAAUGUAGAGAUAUUAUUUUGCUUUGUCUGCAUUUUUGUCCUCUUUGGUUAAUGCUGCCUGAUUAGUGGAAGGGCUGUGUACGUACACAUCUAAGGACGGAUGUAUGGAUGGGGGUGUGCCUUAAAAAUAAGGUUUUUAGUUCAGAAAGCUGCAAAACAUGUAUUUUAUUUUAACAAAAACUAGCCAUAUUUAAACACACAAAAAUACAAAAUAUUUCCCCAUCACUUUCUCUAGGAGAUAACCAGGCAGUUAUUUUGUUCAGGAGGUAUAUAAUAAAUGUAAUGGUUUUUACAGAGGUUCUUUCAUUUAUUGGUUAUAACACAAAAUCCUUAUCUUUAAUGUUAAUUUGUAGGUACCCAUUUUAAAAGAGUAAUCUCUGAAGAUGGACCAGCCUCCCAGAAUCCUGAAGGGGUAAAGCGUAUUCUUUUUUGCACUGGGAAGAUUUAUUAUGAGCUGACUAAAGAACGUAACAGCCGUGGAUUGGAUUCGGAUGUAGCCAUCACUCGUGUAGAGCAGGUGAGAUGUAACAUGCAGUUUGCUCGACUGCAUUUAAACUACUUUCUUUGUUUGGGUUUAUACCAGGAUGAUAAUGUAUUUGUGCCACUUGACAACUAGAAUCUUUAAUUUUGGCAUUUAUAUAUCACCAACAUAUUCUGCAGCGCUUUAUAUCUAUAAUAUGGGGUUUUUAUAUAUCACCAACAUAUUCUGCAGCACUUUGACAUACAAUAUAUUAACAUAUAUGAGGUGAAGAAGGCCCUGCUCAAACUAGCUUAUAGUUUAUAAGUAAGAGUGAGUUUAUAGCUUCAGUAAUAUUUGCAGUUAGUUGUGCUCUUGGUACCUAUGCUAGGAGUGCCCCUAUGUAUGACUAAUUUGUAUUUCUGUCUGGCAAGCGUUUGAUAGUUUGGGCUUACUUUAAAUGUACACUCCAAAUACCAUACUGCACUAUGGUUAUGGUGCUUGGAGUGUUCUUCUAAUAGUUGUAAGGAAUAGCAUGAGAAUUGCUAUGGAGAGCCCUGUAUUGCAUGGAACAAAGUGUAAUAAAAGCCACAUUCCUUCCUAUUUUUUUUUAUUUUUUUUUCUCCAGUUGUCUCCAUUCCCAUUUGACCUUAUGGAACAGGAAGUGAAUAAAUACCCGAACGCAGAGCUGGUUUGGUGCCAGGAAGAACAUAAGAAUCAGGGCUAUUAUGACUAUGUGAAACCUAGACUUCGCACCACCAUACACCGUGCUAAGCCAGUCUGGUGAGUACCCGAGAUUUACAGACUAAUGCUCAGCCAUGUGAUUAUCUAAAGCAGUCAUUUAAUUUCUUGCUCAGGAGAGCAGUGUAUCUGUCCUAAGCCUUUUUUGUACUCUUAUACUGUGUCUAUAUCUACUUUGAAACAAUCGCUUGCAUCUAGCAUUCUAUUAAAGGAACGCUCCAAGCACCAUAACCACUACAGCUUGCACUGCUUAGGAGCCUGCAGCUCUCCAGAGUCAACAGUGGAGGUUGGGAAUGGUACAUAGUUAAACACACGUAAAAAGUAAAUAUGUUCAAAACAUUUUUUUAUUACUUGGGGAGCCAGGGCACGUCUGGCACCAUAAACCACUACAGCAAGUUGUAGUGCUUUUUGUGCUUUAAACUUAACUUUAAACACAGUUGGCAUUCAUGUCACUCUAACUCAAAGUCCCAUUGUUCUAGUUAUCAAAUAGUCACACAGGGCAUGCACAUUUUUGGCCAAUUUUAUGGGAGACACAUACUUGAUGCAGCCAAUGAACAAAACAGCAGAUUUUGUAGGUAUAUUUCUCGUAAACAUUGGUGCAAAAUAUGUGGCUGGCUUACAUACACACACUGCACCCCUCGCACAUGCACUGCCUCCCGUACUCGCAUACACCAUGCAUCCCUCACAUACUCAGUGCCUCCUAUAUAUAUAUAUAUAUAUAUAUAUAUAUAUAUAUAUAUAUAUAUAUAUAUAUAUAUAUAUAUAUAUAUAUAUAUAUAUAUAUAUAUACACAUAUAUACACACACACACAUUACUAGAGGCCCAAUCCUGUACUGCAGCCCCUAUCCUGGCAGACCCCAGGUAACUUGUCAAACUGUCAAACUGUCACAGCACUCCUGGCACCAUAACCACUAAAGAGCGCUGUAGUUGUUAUUGUGCCUGUAUUGUUUCUUUAAAUAAUCUGAGUGCCCCUUCCGAGAUAAGGCUCUGGCUUAUUGAUUCAAUGCAUUUCUAUGAGCAGAUUCUGAUUGGCCAGCGCUGUUUGGUUUCUGCUGGCUCUGCCUCUGAUCUGCCUGACAAGCUCAGCUAAUCCAAUGCUUUCCUAUGCAUGUAUGUAUUGUGAUUGGCACAAAACACCACUUUUGAUGAUGCCAAGCAGGCAGACAAGGGGCAGAGUCAGCAGCAGCAGUCUGGGGUAAAAGUAAGAGGGGGGCCUUGGGAAAUAGCUGGUGUUUUUAAUAAUAUAGGGUAAUGAAUACAUGUUUGUGUUCCUGACCCUAUAGUGUUCCUUUAACCCCUUAAGGACACAUGACAUGUGUGACAUGUCAUGAUUCUCUUUUAUUCCAGAUGUUUGGUCCUUAAGGGGGUUAAGCUUUUAACAUACGGUCACCAUUUUGAUACCCUAAACCUAAGAGAAAAGCAGAAACAUUCUAAAACUAUACCACGUUGUGCACAGAGCACAUUUAUGCCGGAAUAGGAAAGCCACUUCAUGGUUAGGCUCUUGUUGAUGCUAUAAUAGUUUAUAGUUGACAGGGAAAAUCUAGUAAGGCCAACAUUUCACAAACUGACUUGUGGUGAAGGUGAGGGUCCUAUGACAGCGCUUUGUUUAAAGUCACUGAGAUUUUCAGUACGACCGAUUGUACUUCCAGUGUUUUCUACUGUACUUCCAAAAGCUGGUUACAAAAGGAAGAUUGUUUAGAAGAUGGGGGCGGGUAGGGAGAACAGCACACACUGUUGCUUUCAAAAGGGUGUCUCCAGGCCUCUUAUCACGUGCAAUAACCAGCCAAAGAUCCAAAUAAAAAUCUAAUGGUAUAACACUCUUCAGAAUUUAUAAACUCCCUUUAAUGUGUACUCACAUCAGCUGCUGUACUGAGGAGUGCAAGAUCGUUUGGUUUUUUUAUUGAGUAGAGGAUUGUCUGGCACUCCAUAAACUGAAAAAUUAAUCAGCUGCCACUGUUCAUACAGUAAACAUUCAGUUUAACACUAUACUCCAGCAGCAGUUACAUUGUUACAUAGCUGAAAAGAGACUUGCAUCCAUCAAGUUCAGCCUUCCUUACAAAUGUUUUUGCUGUUGAUCCAAAAGAAGGCAGCCUUCCUUACAUAUGUUUUUGCUGUUGAUCCAAAAACCUAGUCUGGAGUGCUUCCAAUUUUGCAACAAACUAGGAAAAAAUUCAUUCUUGAGCCCAAAAUGGCAGUCCGACAGGUCCUUAGAUCAAGCUGAUAUCCCGGUAUGUUAUGUUUUUGCAAGUAUUUAUCCAAUUGCAGUUUAAACGUCUGUAAUGGACUCUGAUAAAACCACCUCUUCAGGCAGAGAAUUCCAUAUUCUUAUUGCUUUUACUGUAAAAAAGCCUUUUCUUUGCCUUAGCAGUCACUGCAUAUAUAUUGCAUAAUUGCUGCUGUAUUUUUACAGCAGAAAUACAUGUGUUCCACAAUCUGUUGUUGGGGCACAUUUAGUAAGUAAAAUAAUGCUUGCCUUUAUAGGACAAGAUUAGUAAAAGAUUUGUGUCACAUGCACUGGUUCUUUCCUUUUCUUCAGGUACGCUGGCCGUGAUCCUGCAGCUGCCCCAGCCACCGGCAACAAGAAAAAUCACACACUCGAGAUGAAGCGUCUCCUGGAUACUGCUUUCAACCUGGAGUCCUUCAAGGGCCUUUCUUAGGCUUCCAUCUGCUUUUCUUAAAAUCCCAUCUGCACUCUCCAACUUUCCAUCAAUACACUCACUGGGGACUCUCCCCUCAACCUCUUUGUGUCUUUGCUUUACCUUGGCAGAGAAGGUGUUAUAGCCAGGCUUAAGUGGGGAUGGGUUUAAUUAGUUGUUUUUAUUUUGUUGUUUUUUUUUUUUUAUGUUUUUUGCUGCUAGUAGUCUUGCCCCUUGAAAUUUUAAAUAAGGCCAAAAUAAAAUAUUUGGGGGGGAGGGCGGAAGAAACUAAAAUGAAUAUCAAAGUACAGGUAACUGUAUAUUACAUAUUUAUAAUAUCUCUGAAACUCUGGCUUUAUUAUUUAAAAAGUGUAACCAAUUGAUGGCAGACAUCUUUGCCUUUUAUUAAGUGUCUGGACCUGCGGAAAUCGCAGAAGCAGUCAGAAGCUGCACAGCUUUAAGCAGGCAAACAAGUUAUGUACCCCUUUACGCAGCACUUUUACCAGCAUACUAAAGGAAGAUUGGACACCCACAGGUCAUGGAGUACAGUAUACAAGGAUCAGUUCUGCCAUGGCCAACACAGGUCUUAGAGUACCAGAGAUAUCUGUGGACUAUAUUUUCUAAUGCAUUGCAUGGGAAAUAGUGGUGCUUUCUAAAUAGAGUAAUUUCCCAUGAUGCUCAGCUAGCAUAAAGGCUGGUUAAUAAUCAUGGUAAGUGUAGGCUGCAAACAGCUGGGGUACAAAGAGUAAUCAUUGGUUACCUUGUGGCUAAUGCAUUUCUAAAAGAGAUGAUAUUGGACAAUUAUUCAACCAGGAUUGUUUUACAGAGCUUGCUCUCUGGUUUAUGGAGGGGUGGAAAAACAGUGAAAGCAUGAGCUUGUCAAUCAUAAUCUGUGUGUCCCAAAUCAAAUUCAUAUAUAUAAAAUGUUAUUUUAAAAUGUUAUUUUCCUUUUCUAAAAUAGCAGGUUUUGUUUUCGGGCCUGAAUUUGGUAAAUGAUACCCUUUUAAAACACCUGUAAAUUGUAAAUACAUAUCAAUAAUAUUACAAAAGAUCAUUUAUUAAUAUCUUCCUGGCACAUAUUGUCAAAUAUAUUUUUAUUUUGAAACUCAAAGCCAUCAUUUUACCUCUUUUUAAAAGCAAUUUAUGCAAAAGACCAGAGUAGGAGAAUUUUUAAUAUUAUUUUUUUUAUUUUUUUUUUGUUUUUUUACACCUAACAGUUGUAACUUUUUGUCUGCCAACCUCCUCCAGAUUAUAGAUUGGUUAUUUUGAGUGAUGAUAAAAUAAUUGGGGUACUCUGGCUCAUCAAACUCUGUUUGUAACAUAGGGAGAAAUAAUAGCAUGCUAUGAAUAAACCACUGUUACCAAUCUUUUUGUCCAAUACAGUUCCUCUGUAAUAUAUAAGCUUUUAAAUCAUUGCACAGGAUUCUGGGUAAUGCUCGUAAAGCUUGAUAACUUUUAGCCUGUCUCCUUUCAAUUACCCAGUUUCCAUUGCUGCUUUAGGGUUAACCAAUUCUCUGCCAUCAAACCGCAGCGAAGAUGUUUUGUUUAUUAUAUAUAUAUUUUAUUUUUGUUUUCCUUAAUGCUGAAUUUCUCCUUUAAACAAAAUAUUUAACAUAUUCUAGUUGCAUGUGCCAAAUUCUGUACCCACAGACAGCAGGGAGAGGGUAGCAAAACAUGGAAAUAAAUGGACAAAUUGAUUUGAUGAUUAGGCCACUGACACAAAAACAAACUUAUUUAUUUUGUUAAAAUAAAUAAAAAUACAUUUAAAAAAAAAUUGUAAUGAAACCUCUUUCCUCCGAGAAUUUCUGCUGUUAUAAACACUGUGC